AUGUCAGUGGUGGCUCUAAAGAAUGCCAUGGUCAAUUUUAUGAGAUUUGGCAGAUCAGGAAGUGAAAACGAGGGAACAGCUCCAUUAUUGACCAGCGAUAGCCAAUCCAUCACAUCUCAGGUAGGUUACGGGACCACGGCCACUAAUUCAAAUAUUGAUUUGGAAUCUGCAAGAGCCCGUCGUGCUUCAAACAGUAGCGGUAAAUUGAAUUUAUCAAUGGACAAGGACACGCAAAGUAGCGAUUCUCAAACGCACAGGGGAUUCUUCAAUUCUGUGGAUCCACGUGUGAUCAGUGAUCUAGUAAUUGGGUUAAGUGAUGGACUAACGGUCCCAUUUGCAUUGACAGCAGGUCUAUCGUCAUUAGGGGAUUCGAAAUUAGUGAUAACAGGUGGAUUCGCUGAAUUAAUAUCAGGAGCGAUUUCAAUGGGACUCGGUGGUUAUUUGGGUGCGAAAAGUGAAGGCGAUUAUUACCAUUCAGAGGUCAAGCAAGAAAAAAGAAAAUUUUACGAUAAUACUACCAUGAUAAAUCAUGAAAUUGAAGAUAUUCUACUAGAUAUUAACCCCAAUUUUUCAGAUGAAACGAUUGUAUCGUUUAUAAAGGAUUUACAGAGGACUCCGGAACUAAUGGUAGAUUUCAUUAUAAGAUAUGGCCGAGGGCUCGAUGAACCAGCAGAGAACAGAGAAAUCAUUAGUGCAGUGACAAUUGGUGGUGGUUACCUUUUCGGAGGUUUAGUGCCUUUAUUGCCAUAUUUUUUUGUUGAUGAAGUGGGCGCAGGUUUGCUAUGGUCUACCGUUGUUAUGACUAUCACUUUAUUCUGGUUUGGAUUCGUGAAGACUCAAGUUUCAAUGAGUGAUAAUUGUACCCUAUCAAAAAAAAUUGGUGAGGGUGUACAAAUGGUUCUGGUCGGCGGUGUGGCUGCUGGUGCGGCUUUCUAUUUUGUGAAAAUCUUAGGUUAA